GACGGGACUCAACUCUCUGCCAGGCUUCCAACAACAACUCACCACCGCCACACUCUUCUGCACACUUCGACUGUUGACUGCCCACUUAACUCCUGUCUACGCCGCUUCUAUACACCUGCUUUCCUCCCACCAUACAACUCCCGCCCAUCACACCUCGCUGCCGCUCCAAAAGCGCCCCUCCAUCCUCGACACCUCCGAUAGCACUCGCCGCGCCCGGAGGCUCCCCCAUCGCCUUUUCGCACACAUUCUUCCCCUAGGGCUUCUCCGGCCCAUACACCGUUCUCACCUCUGCCACCAUGUCUGGCUGGGGCCUGGGCUGGUUAGGCGGCGGCACCGCUAAGCAAAAGGAUGCGCCCAAGAAGGCGAUACUGCAGCUGCGGGGGCAGCUCGAGAUGCUGUCCAAGCGCGAGAAGCACCUGCAAAACCAGAUGGCCGAGCAGCAGGCCAUCGCCGCUAAGAAUGUGACCUCGAAUAAGAACUUGGCCAAAGCUGCCUUGCGCCGCAAGAAGCAGUUCGAGCACUCCCACGAGCAAACCCAAUCCCAGAUCAUGUCGCUUGAGCGCGAAAUCUACUCCAUCGAGGCCUCAAAUAUCAACAAGGAAACGCUGGAUGCCAUGAGGAAUGCUGGCAAGGCUAUGCAGCAGAUCCACGCCGGCCUGACUAUCGACAAGGUGGACCAGACCAUGGAAGACCUCCGCGAACAGCACGCCAUCAGCGAGGAAAUCAGCGAAGCAAUCACCCAGUCCGUCGGCAACACGGGCAUCGACGAGGACGAGCUGGACGAGGAGCUCGCCGAGCUGCAGCAGGAGGAGCUGGACACCAAGAUGCUGGACACGGGCAACGUGCCGGUCGGCGACCAGGUGCACCGGUUACCGGCCGCUGCACAGGGAGAGCUCAAGGGCAAAGCCCCCGCACAAGCAGAGGAGGAAGACGAGGAGGAGGAGCUACGGAAACUGCAGGCCGAAAUGGCCAUGUGAUCGCCCUUUCUCUCUACCAUCGCACCAUUUACUCCUUUUACAAGGAGGGGGAACCCCCUCUAGCUCAGACCAAUCACGUCCCAUUCCCACUCCCCCGCCCUCUUCACGUCAUGCUCGUCUUCGGUCCCAGGUGUCUAGGUAAACGGCGGCGUUCUGCUUUUUCAGAGAGACCAUGUUUGUUGUGUUAAACCUUUUAUUUUUUGGUGGCUGGUGUCGGCGGCCCUUAGGUAGUUAAGAAAGCAAGUAAGCUGCUCUGGAAAGCCGACGAUUGACGAUUGUGCCUCCACCUCGCUGUACCUCGUGCGAUGGAUAGAAGAUGUAUGUAGUCCGAUUUCCAGGUGAUAGAUUGAGUGGGUGGGUUAGCGUAAGCGUGCAUGAUCAAUUAACUAGGCCUACGGACAUACCCUCCGCUAUACACGAAACCCUCCAUUCGUUAGUUCUAGACGUAGAAAUCUACUUUUUCUGCCACCG